UGGACGGUGCACUUAUUCAGACUCUGAGCUCAAGCUUACAGUUGUAGUCAUAUAUUAAAAUAUUCAGACUGCUUAUACUGUAAAUCCAGUAGAGAAUUAAACCCGAACCCGAGGCUGUGCUGUUAAGAAGACUCAUUUUUUUUGUGUUGAUCUUGUGGAGUAGAGGGAGUUUCGCCUGCUAUUUCAGGAGCAGAUUUGAUGGUGAGAGAUGUAUGAGCCGUUGUGGUCUGCGUGCUUCCCACACCGCAGCGUUCAGGGCUGAGAUCAACACAGCUCUCGCUGCCUGGAUUUCACGCGAUGAUGUGCUCUUGACGUGCCUUUCUGAGAGGGGGUUGUAGCUAAAUCGAGACACAUUUGACUGGCUGGGCCUCUGGCCAUGAUGGCCCCACGUAAGCGAGGAGGGCGGGGCCUGUCAUUCCUCUGUUGCUGUCUAAAGAAGAGCGACCAUCCCGAGAUCACCUACCGCCUCCGCCAUGACAGCAGCUUCACACUGCAAACCAUGGAGCCCACCCUGCCCAUGCCCCCCACCGAGGAACUGGAUGCCAUGUUCACUGAACUGGUGGAUGAGCUGGAUCUCACAGAAAAACAUAGAGAGGCCAUGUUUGCCCUUCCUGCCGAGAAGAAAUGGCAAAUUUACUGUAGCAAGAAAAAGGAACAGGAAGAGAAUAAGGGGGCGACCAGCUGGCCUGAAUUCUACAUCGAUCAGAUCAAUUCUAUGGCUGCUAGGAAGUCCCUGCUGGCCCUAGAGAAGGAGGAUGAGGAGGAGAGGAAUAAGACCAUAGAGAGCUUGAAAACUGCUCUCCGCACACAGCCAAUGAGGUUUGUGACACGCUUCAUAGACCUCGAUGGACUGACGUGCAUCUUGAACUUCCUGAAAACGAUGGACUACGAGACUACCGAAUCUCAGAUCCACACCUCGCUGAUCGGCUGUAUUAAAGCCCUGAUGAACAACUCUCAGGGACGUGCCCAUGUGCUCGCACAUUCAGAAAGCAUCAACAUCAUCGCUCAGAGUUUGGCCACUGAGAACAUCAAGACCAAAGUGGCCGUUCUGGAGAUCAUGGGUGCUGUUUGCUUGGUGCCCGGAGGACACAAGAAAAUCCUGGAAGCCAUGUUGCACUAUCAGAAGUUCGCCUGCGAACGGACGCGAUUUCAGACCCUUCUAACUGACUUGGACAAGAGUACAGGCCGCUACAGAGAUGAGGUGAACCUCAAGACGGCAAUCAUGUCCUUCAUCAACGCGGUCCUCAGUCAAGGAGCAGGGGAGACCAGUUUGGAGUUCAGAAUUCAUUUGCGGUAUGAAUUUCUAAUGCUGGGCAUCCAACCAGUGAUUGAUAAAUUACGGUCCCAUGAAAACUCCACGUUAGAUCGGCAUUUGGAAUUCUUUGAGAUGCUACGAAAUGAAGAUGAAUUAGCCCUCGCUAAGCGGUUUGAAAAUGUUCAUAUAGACACUAAAAGUGCUACUCAGGUGUUUGACCUCAUCCGGAAGAGGAUAAACCAUACGGACGCCUUCCCACACUUUAUGUCCGUCUUACAGCACUGUCUUCAUAUGCCUUACAAAAGAAAUGGAAAUACUGUGCAGUAUUGGCUUCUUCUCGACCGAAUUGUCCAGCAGAUUGUCCUACAGAAUGACAAGGGUCAUGACCCCGAUGUGGCUCCCCUUGAGAACUUCGACGUGAAGAACGUAGUGCGAAUGCUGGUAAACGAGAACGAGGUGAAACAAUGGAAAGAGCAAGCGGAAAAAAUGAGAAAAGAACAUAAUGAACUUCAGCAGAAGCUGGAGAAGAAAGAAAGGGAGUGUGAUGCAAAAGCCCAAGAGAAGGAAGAAAUGAUGCAAACUCUCAAUAAGAUGAAAGAGAAGCUGGAGAAGGAAAGCAGCGAACAUAAGCUUGUUAAGCAGCAAGCUGCUGACCUUUCUGCCCGGCUACAUGAGAUGAGUAAUAGGACAAAUAUCCCAGGAGGCCCCCCACUCGUCCCAUUGGCCCCUGGUAGCAUCCCACCUCCACCACCUGGUCUGGCUAGCAUUCCUCCUCCUCCACCUCCAGGUGGAGCACCGCCGCCACCACCCCCUCCCCCCGGCGGACCACCACCUCCACCAGGCCUGCCCGGCUUUGGUGCUCCUCCUCCCCUUGGAGGACUUCUGGGCUCCACGCUUAAGAAAAAGAACAUCCCUCAGCCGUCCAAUCCACUCAAGUCUUUCAACUGGACCAAAAUCAGUGAAAAUAAACUGGAAGGGACUGUGUGGCUGGAUCUGGACGACCUCAACGUUUUCAAACAAUUGGACUUGGAGGAUGUUGAGAAAACAUUCUCUGCUUACCAGAGACAGCAGGACUCUCUGUUGAAUAUCUUUAGACAGAAAGAAUCAGAGGAUGACACCGUCACUUCUAAAAAGGUCAGAGAAUUGUCUGUCAUCGACGGACGGCGUGCACAAAACUGCAACAUUCUUCUUUCCAAGUUAAAACUCUCAAAUGAGGAGAUCAAGAGAGCCAUGCUGACCAUGGAUGAGCAGGAAGACCUACCUAAGGAUAUGCUGGAGCAGCUGUUGAAGUUCGUGCCAGAAAAAAGUGACGUGGACCUUCUGGAGGAACACAAACAUGAGUUGGAGCGGAUGGCGAAGGCAGAUCGCUUCCUUUAUGAGAUGAGCAGAAUCAACCACUACCAGCAAAGACUUCAGUCUCUUUACUUCAAAAAGAAGUUUGCAGAAAGAAUAGCAGAAAUCAAGCCGAAAGUGGAAGCUCUCAGUAAAGCCUCUAAGGAGGUUCUUCAGAGCAAGAAUCUUCGACAGCUUCUGGAGGUGGUGCUGGCCUUCGGUAACUACAUGAACAAAGGCCAGAGGGGCAAUGCCUAUGGCUUCAAAGUGUCCUCUCUCAACAAGAUCGCUGACACCAAGUCCAGCAUCGACAAGAACGUCACUCUGCUGCACUACCUGAUUACCAUUCUUGAGCAGAAGUACCCGAAAGUCAGCCUGAUUCAUGAGGAUCUGCGCAACGUGCCAGAAGCAGCCAAAGUCAACAUGACUGAACUGGAGAAAGACAUUAACAAUCUGCGCGCUGGCCUAAAAAGCGUGGAGACGGAGCUGGAGUACCAGAGGAGCCAGAAUCAGAUCUACGGCGAUAAGUUUGUGUCUGUUGUGAGUCAGUUCAUCACUGUGGCUGGUUUCAGUUUCUCUGAGGCCGAAGACUCUCUUCAGGACGCCAAGGAUUUGUUUGAGCAGGCUGUGAAGCACUUCGGUGAGGACGCCACACGCAUGCAGCCCGAUGAGUUCUUUGGCAUCUUUGAUCAGUUCCUACAGGCCUUCAGUGAAGCUAAACAGGACAAUGAGAACAUGCGACGACGCAAGGAGGAGGAAGAGCGCAGAGCCCGCAUGGAGGCGCAGCUCAAGGAACAGCGCGAGAAGGAAAGAAAAGCCCGGAAGGCCAAAGAGAACUGUGAGGAGGAUGGAGAAUUCGACGAUCUGGUGUCUGCACUCCGAUCUGGGGAGGUGUUCGACAAAGACCUCUCAAAGAUGAAACACAACCGCAAGCGUCCCAUCAAGCAGAGCGCAGAGAGCAGCAGAGAGAGGCCCAUCACCAAACUCAACUUCUGAGGAAGCUGCGCGAGCGAGUGCUGCCUCCUGCUGGUAGAGCUGAGACAUUACACACGCGUGCAACGGCUCUACCUCAGUUUAGAUCUGGAGAGGAUAUCCAGGCCCUGUUUUGUGCUGACUGCCAAAAUACUUCUUAAGGAUUUAUAAAGUCUUUUCUAAACAUGUAAAUCAGUUGUGAGAGUGUUUGUGCUGAAGAUGACAGGAGUUUGUAUAAAUAAUGAGCAGAAAGGGCUACAAACUGGUGCUGAAAUAUACAGGAACACCCAUUUUCACAGUUUUGCUUGCCUGGCAACCAUAAACCCCAUUUAUUUCUGUCUGCUCGGAUACUGCUCGUUGAGUUGUUGUUGGUGUACACUGUGCACUGUCAAGAAACAGGCCUUGCUUUGCAAUAUGAGGUGUGCUAAACACCAAAAUUCAGUGUUUUGGAAGCAAAAGUGAUUUUUGUCAAAUUGUGGGACGCAGUGAUACUUGUAUAUCAUUGGACGAUGUAAUUGGUUUGUUUGUAAUAAGUAUUUCCUUUUGUUACACUUGUAACUCAAGCACAAGCGAUUGUUUGUUAAUAAACUGUUCAUUCCAGACCUGUUAAAGCACAAUGCACAACGCUAUUGAAAUCAAAAUGUUUAUUAUAAAUCUUCAGAUGCCAUGUAUUAAAUGUACUGACAGGAACUAUAGUGAAAAAAAUAAAUAUAUAUGCUAUAAGGUCAAACUUUGAUUGCAAAUAUAUUUUAGAGGAUGACAGAAGGAUGCAAUAUUUUUGCGGUUACCAAAAAGAACAUUCAUUAAAAACAGCUGUGGAUGCAAAACCUGCAUCUCAAGCAAACCAAACUGUCUGCCGUGCAUGUAUAUUCUUGUAAUUUCUUUCAUUUGUGUUUAAGGUUGUAUAUAUGUACAUAUACCCAUUGUUAACUCUUCUGACCAAGGCUUUUUCGUAGUCCUUGACACUACUAUUUUGUGCUAAUAAUUUUUUAUUUUUUUUUUCCUGUUGAUCAGAUGCCAUUAAAUCUUUUUCACUAAUAGUUCUUUGUAAUAUUGUAUUACUUUGUAAUAGUUUCCUCUGUUGGCGGGAUGUUUUGUUUUCUUUAUUUAAGAAUUCAUUUGGAUGUGAGAUAAGUAAUCAAUAAAUAAACCCUGAGGGUCACUGCA